CUCAACACCCUAAGGUGCCUCUCAUUUGUUGUUGGCUUGCUAGAAAGUUCCAGGAACCAGACUGUCCCUGUGAAAGAUGGUGGAGAAUGCAAUCCUGCUGGCUGCUGUCUCCCUUCUCUCUGCCUGUCAGCAAAUCUACUUUGCUUUGCACGUUGGAAAGACAAGAUUACAAUGCAAGAUCACUGCCCCAGCAGUCACUGGGUCACCACAGUUUGAGAGAAUAUUUCGUGCACAACAAAACUCUGUGGAGUUUUAUCCUGUCUUCCUCAUAACCUUGUGGCUGGCUGGCUGGUAUUUCAGCCAAGUUUUUGCAGCUGGCCUGGGUCUAGUGUACCUAUUUGGCCGUCACAAGUACUUCUGGGGAUAUUCAGAAGCUGCUGAAAAAAGGGUCUUCGGUUUCCAGUUGAGCCUGGGGACAUUGGCCUUGUUGAUUCUCCUCAGUGGGCUGGGGAUUGCAAGCCACUUUCUCAAUGAAUAAAAGGACCGCUGUCUUGCCAAGACUCUGAGGUGGCGCGUCUAGCUUUUUCUCUUCCCUUCAUGCAUGCAGAAGCUGGCUGUUUCCAUGCUGAAAGUAACAUGUUGUCAUUUGUUAAAUAAAUUUCAAGAGAACAGUUCUUUCUGUUGUUUUUUUUUGACAUUGCACUAUGGAAACACUCACUUUACAGAACACGUUUCCUGUUUAAGAGCCAAAUUUCCUGGGGCAGGUCCAUCCAUAUCACCAGUGGACGUGUGCUGAGCUCUGGUUUUAGAAGUGCAUGUUGAGGUUCUGAUUGUUUUUAUGGGGACAGAGUGGCCUGACUCGUGUGCUGGGCUUUCUGUGGAUCACUGACAUAGCCUGCUUCUGAGACAGUUUCUGUCUUGAUGGAAAGUUCCAGACAGAUGCUGCUAAGGCAGUUCAGCCCCCUAAACUGGUUGCAGGAAAGCAACAGAUGGUUGGAAGUGGGAGGCAUCAGAAAAGCAAAUAAAGUAGCCAGAGAAGGGCGUCAUCAACUAAUGGAACCAAACAAAUCUGGUUGUGAAAGCGUAUUUUAUAAAGAAAAAGGAAAAAGGAAAAAAGUUGUAUUAUUGUAAGGAACUACCCGGGGACCAGUGCUAAAUGAAUUAUUUGUGCCUCUGGGCAGAGGGAGGAGGAUCUUGCUGACAGCUGUGGACUCUGAUGGGUUCCAUUGCACAUCUGUAUCCCGUGGAGUUUGGGGAGGGGAUACAGAUGCCAGGGGAACCUGGGCUGUUGGUCUGAUCUUGAUGUGCAGUUGCUGUCUGACACAAUGCAUUUGACAUUUCUUCACGUUCUUCAUCUGUGAAAUGGAAUAAUGCAGCCUCGCAGACCUCCAAGAUUCUAGGACAAAAGUCUUAGAAGCGUCCGUAAUAUUUUAGGAGAAGAACCCUCUCAGGUUUUCAGAGACAAUCAGACAACUUUGAAUCUGGUGUGGACAUCUUCCAGAAGCUAGUGAAUGUUUCUUUACAGUAGGGACAAGGGAAGUUACAGAGGCUAUGAAUAAAGGAAAGGCAACAAAAGCCUUUCCAGAAUAAUGAGAUACUAGUGUUUCCAGAAUAAUGAGAAAAAAGGACAUAGCAACCUCCCUGUCCCAAUUACCAGUGUGUCCUGGGAACGUGCUGACCCAGAAUGGGGACAGUUGAAGACUAGGCCAGGUCCCCCUACUCAUUGGCUGUUUGACCUUGGACACCCCAUCAAUAAGAAGUCGUGUGGCAAAAAGCAAAGAUGUCAGCGCUUAGAUGGCCUUCUUUUGUCCUGUCACCUGCUGGCCGGGCUACCCCAGCAGUUUGUGGUUCUCUGCAUCCAUUUUCUCUUAGGUAAAGUGGGGCUGCUACUCUAAAAUGCUGAUUCCAAAGGUCAUUCUAUUUGGUAUUCUUAUCUGUUAUGAUGGCAGCUUGAAUCAUGACAUUUUGUUUUAUACAUGGAAGACAGUGAAGGAAGAGAGAAUGCAAAUUUUUGACCUUAUUGCCUAAUUACUGCAUAAUCAUGUCAUUUGGAAAUAGAAAAAACAAAUCCAAAUCUUAUAUUUUAGGAUUUUACAAGAAUUUCUAUUUUGCUCCUAAUUGGUUCGGGACAACGUGCACCAUGCAUGCACGCACCCACACAGGCGCGCACACGGGUGGCCAAACAAGAUGUGGCACUGAGCAGAGGAUGUACCAGGCUACCAAAACUCUGUGUCUUUAAACAUCGCCAUGAACUUGUUUCCUUUGUUCUAAUUCUUUGCCACCAGGCCUCUUGAUAUUUUAAUUCUUAUUAAAUUUGGCUACAGGACCCUGAUUAGAGCCAGCCUCUUCCACAGCCAGAUUUCAUUCUUUCUGGCCAAAGAGAUGUGAGUUUCUUUUUGUUGUUGUGACAGAGUCUCAUUAUGUCUCCUAGGCUAGCCUUACACUCACAGUCCUCCUGCCUUAACCUCCCUGGUGCUGAGACACACCCGGCUUGUGAGUUUCUGAUUGGCUUGAUGGUUGCAUAUACAUUUUUGUAUGUUAGUAAAUUGACAAAUUUUAUUUUUAGACAUCACAUUCAUUAUUUGAAAAAGUCCAAGUCCUUAAAAAAAGGGACAGAGAACUUUUUCUCUAUUAAGAAAGUCUUAAGGGGCACAAAAACCAAAGGGCAGUAUGAGAUUCUCUAUAGAUCCUAGUUAGGAAAAAAAAACAGCCAAGGAAGACAUUUGUGAGACAGUUGGAACAAGGUGAGCAAGCAUUAGAAGGCAUUAGGAGCUAAUAGUGUUAGCUGUGUUAGUGUGAUAGCAACAUAGUGUCUAAAGAAGAGAAAGUCCUUCUGUGGAGCUGUGUGCUGAGGCACGGAGUGGGAGGGGUCAGAGAUGAGUAAUUUGCUUUGAAAUGUUUUCCAAACGAUGCCUGUUAUGGCAAAGCAUUAAUGAUGACUGACCGGUAUUCUUUCUACUUUCCUGGUUGGUUAAAUAUUCCUAGUAAAAAGUUUUAAAAACUAGGAGAAGUUAAACCUAAAAGCAGGUUCUUGCUGGCAUGGUAGUUUCUUGGGUUGCAUGCAGUUGGUGUGACUGGGGACAUAGUGUCUUUGUAGAGCUGCAGUAAUUAGUGUUGGCCUGUCCCUGAUGUCCUGGGUGUGGGUCGUGACACCCAGCUCCCAAGUGUGUGGAAGCUGUGAUAAUUCCUUCCAGCUAUUAUACAAAAUGGGACAGGUAGCUGUGGCAGCUGGUCCAGGGGACACCAGUAUAGGAAUCUUAUGUCGUUAGAACUUAAUGAAAGACAGAAUAGUGGGGAAGACUGAAAAGGAGAGAACAAAAAGGAAAUGAAAGGAUAGGGUGCUGGCCAUGCAGAGGUUCUCCUGACGCCUUCCCAAGCAGUUCUCCUCCUUGCUUUUCUUAUUAGUGUUGGAGGUCAGUAGAAUGUGGCCCGGACAGUUCUCCCUCCUUUCUCCAGUCACAGUCCUCCUUGAGAAGAACGGAAAAGGACAGAAAUGGCUCACCUGAUGCUUGUAACUGUUCCUUCGUCCAUCAAGCAGCAGCUACAGUGUUCUCACUGGGGCAGAGAGAUGCCCAGUGACUUCCUAGAGAGAUGUCCUUUCUUCUCCCACCACGCAAUUGACUGCACUAAGAUUUCAUAAU